UCCGUCCGCCUCGUUGCCGGCAGCCGCCACCGAGCCCGGGAAAGGCGCGCGCGCUCUCGGGACGCUUCCGCUUCCGAAGGAAAAAUCGGAGCCGCCCGUGCCCUCCCGCUGCUCUCGGAGCCGGCCCGGCCCCUCGGGAUAGACACUGCUCUGCCGCUUCUCCUCUGCCGUCUCUGGGGGGGCUGAACGGGGGCUCUUCUUCCUCCGAUGCGGCCGCGGAGCCCAUGAGGAUGGAGGCCCGGGACGCGGCGCGGCCCAACCACGGCUCCACGUUCAAGGCCUUUCCCCUGCCCUCGCGCACUGGCCUGCGGGAUCCGCUCUCCCAGCCGGACAGCGAGUUUUUACCCAACAAGAUCAGCGGUUUCGCCUGCCCCGCUGGAAACGCAUCCUGCGCUCUCAAUUACAGCCCAGAAGUCCCCUGCCCUGAGAGCUACCGGGCGACGGGGGAGCCUCGAGCCUUCGGCCCCAGCGCCAACGGGCAGUGGAGGGGUUUGGUUCCCCCUCUGGGCUCCGUGCCGCAGAAACCGCGGGUGAGCCGAGGCUCUUACCUUGAAGCUCGUAAAAACCCCAGUGGGACGUCCAACAGUUUUGUAGGAAAAUCCAACCACCAUUGCCAUGCGUCGGCUUUUCCAAUCAAACCAGCUCAGAGUCCUUCCUGGAGCGGUCCUUGUCGCCGCAGCCUGCUUAGCCCCAAGAAGACUCCCCGGCGGUUCAUCAGCACGGCGGAAGAGACCGUGCGAGAGGAAGAGCGAGAGAUCUACAGGCAGUUGCUUCAGAUGGUCACAGGAAAACAAUUUUCCACGUCCAAACCCUCUUCACUGUUCCCCUUCCACCUGUCCAGAUGUUCCAAUUCCAGCAAAACCGUAGUGAAAGAAACUCCCAGCAAGAACUCAAAGCUGUUUGAAUCUCACAGCCUUGCGCCAGCCAGAUCAGCAACCAGCGUUCUCAGAACACAGGAGCAGCCGUCACACAAACCGUCGCUCUACUCCCCCCCCAGCUAUCCCUCCAAUAUCUUUGAGACCAGUAACUCCACAGCCCAGCAUCAGCAAGAAAAUCCACCAGCAUCUAACAUGCAGUCUGAAGGGUCAGACUCUGUCAUUUUGCUCAAGGUAAAAGAUUCCAGAACCCCAGCACCAAGCCUUCCUUUCUUCCAGGCAGAGCUCUGGAUCAAAGAACUGACCAGCGUCUACGAUUCGCGAGCUCGGGAGAGGUGGCGGCAAAUUGAAGAGCAGAAAGCACUGGCCUUACAGCUGCAAAGCCAGCGGUUGCAGGAACAGGAACACUCGGUGCAGGAUCUGGUGGAUUUAAAUCUUCGCGUGCCCCUUGAGAAGGAGAUCCCCGUCACGGUGGUCCCGGAAGAGAAGGAGGAUGCCAAGUCAGCUGACAGUGAAGAGGAGUUCCCUGAAAUCACCGAGGAAAUGGAGAAGGAAAUAAAGAACGUAUUCCGAGGUGGGAACCAGGACGAGGUCCUCAGUGAAGCUUUUCGGUUAACGAUCACUCGGAAAGACAUUCAGACCCUCAAUAACCUGAACUGGCUCAAUGAUGAGAUAAUUAAUUUCUACAUGAAUUUGUUGAUGGAGCGAAGCAAAGAGAAGGGUUUACCGGCAGUUCACGCCUUCAAUACUUUCUUCUUUACCAAAUUAAAAACGGCGGGGUACCAAGCUGUGAAACGGUGGACUAAAAAAGUGGAUAUCUUCUCUGUGGAUCUCCUCUUGGUGCCUAUUCAUCUGGGAGUGCAUUGGUGCCUAGCAGUUGUAGACUUCAGGAAAAAAACCAUCACCUAUUAUGACUCCAUGGGUGGAAUAAACAGCGAGGCCUGCAGGAUACUGUUGCAAUACUUAAAACAGGAAAGUCUUGACAAGAAAAGGAAAGAGUUCGACGCUAAUGGCUGGUCGUUGCUGAGUAAGAAGAGUCAGGAGAUUCCCCAGCAGAUGAACGGCAGCGACUGCGGGAUGUUUGCCUGCAAAUAUGCCGACUGCAUCACCAAAGACAAGCCCAUCAACUUCACUCAGCAACACAUGCCCUAUUUCCGAAAGCGAAUGGCCUGGGAAAUCCUCCACCGCAAGCUGUUAUGAUGACGUUGCGCCGAAAGCCGCUUCCUUGCGAGGUUCUUAUCAGAAGUGCCCAGAUUUGCCCUGCUCGGCACCCCGAGCCGUGGCGGGCGCGGACCUGCCCGGGGCUUCAAAUCCACAGCAAACGAACUCUGUAUCAUAUUUUUGAUAAAACACCGUUUGUUCACGGACCAAUGCGCAAUAGAAACGUUCAGAAGCACACUUGCCUUUUUUAUUUUAUUUUAAUUUCUUUUUUUUUGUAUUUCAAGACCUAUUUUUACAAGCAAUUUCAGGUGCUGAGACUAGAGGAAGGGGGCAGCUUCGGCCAUUCAAGGAGCUUUUUAUUUUUCUGCUUUUCGCAGCUUUUUGCUGCCGGUUUUGAGCUGAUGGUGUGACUGGGAGGGGGGAGAGGCAGGUCGGGCAUCCCUCGAGGGCGGCAGUCGUGAGCCGAGGGAUCUCUGAAAGUAACUUUUAUUGAACGCAGCUUUCGCAGAGUCAUUUUAUUUUCCUUCCCGAGGAGUUGGUCUCCCGGUUCUUUAGCAUCAACUGUUUACGGAAAUUCAGGUACAAAACUGUAGAGUAGAGCCGAUGCGCCGUCGAAUUGUUUUGUGUAUAUUUCCAGAUGUUUUUCCAGAGUGACAAAGAACAAAGUCUGCGUGUGCGUUGGGGUUGUUGGUUGGAUUUUUUUUCUUGUUGUUUUGUUUUUUUUUCCUUCCCCCUGCCCUGGCUUUGCCUCCUCCUUGCAGGAGCCACCUUUGUCCUCGUGCGGAGGGCCCCAGCUGAGCGGAAUGAAUCGUUCCUCUCUCUCUCUCUCCGUGAUAUUUUGCACAUGUUUUGCCUGGGGAUAAAGGCCGACGCGAGGUCAAAGGUUGCGUUGAAGGCAAAGCACCGUCCUCAAGUCGAGAAGAGCUUCCCCAGGGAUCCCCCAGCGCAUUCCCAGGAGCCCUGAGGAUGAGCUGCAUCCCCGUCGCUCACGGGGGGAGAAGAUAGAUAUUCAGAAGCACUUAAACCCUUCCAAAAAUGAGAUUCUGGCGGGGGGAUGUCCCCAUGCUUCUGAACCUUUUACCCCCAGCGCCUCGCUCCUCUGGGCUCCCUGGUCGCGCUCGGAUGGGGCCGUGCCGAUGCUUUCAACUCUUUUAAUUUAUUCUCAAGUGCGAUGUGGGAGGAAGCGGCGAGUGUUUGACAAACUUCCCAAGCCGCUGAACCUGCUUCUUUUCUCUCGUGUACAUAAACCUUUUUAAGUAUAAGUAUAGAAUGAAAUAAUGUUCACUUUUGUAUUUUUGUCUCCAGAUAGGGAGGGAUAUUUUAUACAUUUUUUUCUCUACCUGUGAGCAGUAGUUUUGUACAAAAUUUCUCCCUUUCACCCCUCGCUCCCGCCAGGUUGUGUUCUUUGUCGGCUGGUUUGUACUCCUUCCCUCUCCCCUCUGUGUGUUUUAUACCGAGUUCAUUUACUACUUUUUUCUAUCUUUUACUGCAAGUAAAGAUCUGAGGAGAAAAAAA